UUAAAUACCUUUUACAUCUGUGUGAAGCCAAAGUGAUUCUUUUCCCCUAUCAGAAUGCUACUGAUAAAUUAGUCCAAGAGAUUCUUUUCAUUUCUUUGGAGAAAAAGCUACAAGCUGUCAAUGUUGUCUGGAUAAAGAAUGGAACAAUCAUGGCUUUAUAUACAUAUAUGCAUUCAGUAUUGAAAUCACAAAAGGGAUUUUGAUUCAAUAAAAUUUCCCUCCUUUGCUUUUUGUCAAAGCUAAACUUGUCAGGCCAUGGCUUCAGGGGCAGGCAAAUCCGCAGCCUUUAUGCUUUUGGUCCUUAAUGUUUUCCUUUACUUCAUUGUUGCUGUAAUUUCUGGCUGGGCUGUCAAUCAUGCCAUAGAGAGAUCCGAAGCAACAGCAUCAAGUCUGUCAAUCCCAGCUAAGAUCUUUCCUAUAUACUUUCCUUUUGGGAAUAUGGCAACUGGUUUUCUCAUCAUAUUUUCACUUAUUGCUGGAGUUGUGGGCUUCAUUUCCUCACUCACUGGAAUUCACAAUGUGAUACAAUGGAAUGCACCAAAUUUACAUGCAGCUGCUUCCUCUUCUCUCACCACUUGGCUACUUACUUUACUUGCUAUGGGGUUGGCUUGUAAGGAGAUUAAUAAGGGGUGGAGUGACUCAAACUUGAGGACCUUGGAGACCAUGUUGGUAAUAUUAGGUGGUACACAAAUGUUUUGCACUGUUGCAAUUCAUGCUGGAAUUGAAGAUGUUAUUACACGAGAGGUUUAAGAAGAGGAAGAAUUUGAGAAUUUUUACAAUUUAUUAAUAUACCAUAAAUAAUUUUUAUUUCUUUCCUCAUCAUUUCACUAAGUUUUAAGUUUUAAUGUGUGUAUGUAAUAUAUAUUAAAUUCGUUUUUUUUUUGGUUGUCUUUUUCUUGAUGGACUUUGUAAAGAUGUGAUAUGUAGAGUCUACA